AUGGCAUCUAAAAAUACUAGAAAGGGUGAGAAACCCUCUGACAGUAAAACUGGUAAAACUGAAACAACUCAGAAAAAGAAACAAGCUAAAACGAAUGCUAAAAUUAAUAAGAAGCAAAGAGAAAAACCAAUUUCUAAAAAGAAAACUCUUAAAGUGAAGAGCAAGACAUUGAACUAUUCAUUAUGUAUUCCCAACAAUAUCAUUGAUCAAUGUACAAAUUUGGAACAAAUUACUCAUAUAAUGUAUCAAAUAGCGAAGAGUGCUACAAUGUUUAAUGUGGGAGAAAUUGUUAUAUUAGAAACUUCUAGUAAAACAGAUAAUAAUAAAUCCAAAAAGAAAGAUGGUAAGCUGAGUAAUAGUAUGCUUAUGGCUUCACUUUUACAAUAUUUCGUUACACCACCUUAUUUAUUGAAAUCGGUAUUUAAAAAGGAAUACUGGAAAUAUUUUACUGUUGCUUCUAAAUUGCCAAGAUUAAGCGUUUUACCUUUUAUGAGAUAUUUGAAAGAAGACGAAGGGCGUUAUAGAGAAGGGUUAGCUAUAAGAAUGGAAAAACCAAAUGCAAAGAGUAAUAAGGAAUUCAAACAAACCAAAUAUAUCAAUAUUGGGAAAUCAGAUGCCCUAGAACUAAAAAGUCAAUUGGUGCCUAUCAAUGUCCGUGUCACUGUUGAUACUGUAGAAAGGAAAGUUGUUUCACCUGAUGAGGCAUAUGGAGAUUUUGUAGGUGCAAAGGCAUCUUAUGGGUACCAUGUCCGAGUUGCAAAACAAUUCGCAGAUGUAUUUACAGAAUGCGCCUUCCCUGGAGGUUAUUCACAAGCCGUGUGGGUUAAUUCUGGUGACUACUACUAUGAUGGAAGUUUAAAGAAAUAUUUAAAGACAGAAACACAAGUACCAUAUUUGGAAGGAAUUCUUUCUGGUUCUACUUCUUCUGAAUCUGAAACCCAAGACGACAUCGCUGCAUUACUUCUGGUAUUAGGUAAAUGGGAUACAUUAAAAGCCAGUUUCAACGCUAGCCGCGACCAAUUUGAAGGUUGCUCUGGGGUUCAUGAAUUUUUUGACGGUCAAUUAGAAUUACCAGGUUCAGUACCACAAGGCCAAGUCCCAGUACAUGAUGGAUGUAUGAUGGCUCUGACCUUAGUAGGAACUCUUCGUAGAUAG